GGGCGAGUUACCUCCCGCAGCCGCGCUCAGCCGAGCCGCAGCCCGUGAGCGCCAGGCGCGGAGUCCCCGCAGCCCGCACCGCACCGCAGUCACCUCGAGCCGCGCGCCCAGCCCCGGCUGCGCGCCCACCGGGCCGUGCGAUGCCCUCAGACAGGCCUUUCAAGCAGCGGCGGAGCUUCGCCGACCGCUGUAAGGAGGUGCAGCAGAUCCGUGAGCAGCACCCCAGCAAGAUCCCGGUGAUCAUAGAGCGCUACAAGGGGGAGAAGCAGCUGCCAGUCCUGGACAAAACCAAGUUCUUGGUCCCGGAUCAUGUCAACAUGAGCGAGCUGGUUAAGAUCAUCCGGCGCCGCCUGCAGCUGAACCCCACGCAGGCCUUCUUCCUGCUGGUGAACCAGCACAGCAUGGUGAGCGUGUCCACGCCCAUCGCCGACAUCUACGAACAGGAGAAGGACGAGGACGGCUUCCUCUACAUGGUCUACGCCUCCCAGGAAACCUUCGGCUUCUGAGCCAGCAGUAGGGGGAACUGGCCUGGGAGUGGGGGGCCCCCUGGUCAGGCUCUCCCCAGGGAGCCUCUGACUCCUGAACUAAACUGCCCCUGAUGGGCUGGGCAGGAAUGUGGCCCCCUCAAGCCAGAAGGGCCUGACUAGCCCACCUUGCCCCUCGGUGGAUCUUGGGUCAAUCACCUUAGGGCUGCCCUUCCCGGGUGCUGGCUGGGAUGGGAGGGUGGAGAGCCACCCCCAGCACCCCUGCUCUGUGUGGUUUUUUUUUUUUUAGGCCCCUGCCUGUCUGCCCAUCUGCCCCUCACCUUCCCAAGGCUCUGUUCCCUUGCCUGGACCUGCCCAUCCCUGAAGGACUGGCCCCCGUCUCCCCCGUCUCCACUCGGUGUAUGGGUCUGUGGUCACUGGCCCUCUGCAGAAUAAAGAUUGCUCAGGCCUG